AAUUUUGAAAGUCGGCGUUCUGCGUUCAGUCUUCAAUUUCUUCCCUCACUGCCUGAUUAGGGCUUCUUUUCUGCAUCAGAUUUCCAUCUAAAGAUCUCCCCAAAGAAACCUUUUUUCUUAAACGAAGAUUUCAGUUCUUCAAAAAUUAGGGUUUCUCUUGCCCUUAUUUUCCCGAAUCAGGUGUUGAGAUUUGAGAAUUGAGAAAAUUUUGCUUGCUCAAGUUUAUAAACACUGGCUUUCAUGAGUUGAACUCUCUUUCAAAACGUUUCAAAUGAACGAUUCUUGUUUUGAAUUCACUAACCCGACCCGGGACUCGAUUUCUAGUAUUCGAUUCGCCCCGCAGUCCAACAACCUCCUCAUUUCUUCUUGGGACUCCAGUUUUCGAUUGUACGAUGCGGACUGUUCCCGGAUCAGAUUAGAAGCUCCGUCUGAGGCUGCGCUUCUCGACUGUUGUUUCCAGGAGGAAUCUGUAGCGUGCAGCGCCGGCUCUGAUGGUUCUGUUAAAAGGUUCUCUUUGCAUUCAGGAACCAGCAAUAGAAUUAGAAAUCAUGAUGAUAUAGCAACAUGUGUAGAAUAUUCUUGUGACACACGUCAAGCGAUUACUGCAGGUUUUGAUAAGAAGAUGAUAGCCUGGGUUAUGUGCCGAGCAAAACCCCUUGCGUUCUCGGGAAAUCUAGGUGCAGAAAUGGAGUCCAUGUCACUCUCUGGAUUUGAAUUAACAAUAGCUGUUGAAUCAUCAGUAGAUAUUUAUGACUCGCGUAACUUAGAUAAAUCAGUUCAAUCAAAUGAAUCUUGUGUGGGUGUUCAAAUAAGAUGUGUCUGCUCAGCUCCUUGUUCCAAAGGAUAUGCAAUUGGAUCAGCAGAUGGACGCGCAAAAUUAUAGAUUUCAUAUCCUUCCAGUUCAAACAAAAUUGGGUCUGUUUUUAAAUUGUAUAAGUUUACAGUAUCGUAGCAGCUGAAGUUUGGGAUCAUUAAACAAAUCACAAAGGCUCAGAAUACUAAUCAUUCGGCGGUAGGGAACCAUGUGGAGGAAAUACGAAUGGGGCUAGCGAUGUUUGCUGAAUGGAGCCAACUCCCAUACGGUAGCAAGGUUAGUAAUUGUAGUACAGGAAUUUCCUUUAAAUUAAUAAAAGUGUGCCUACGUGGCUAUGUGCUAUCAGAAGCUUAUUCUUAAUAGAAUUAUGAAAAAUGCAAUAUAAACGGACAC